UAUUCUCUGUAUGACUCCAAAAUGAUCAAAUGUCCGCAUGGACCUGAAGUCACAUCUUCCACUCGCACGCCUGAUCAUGGUCUUGAUAGGGCCGUAGUUACGCAGUAUCGAGGAGGGCCGUUAGCAUUGGGUUCGUGAUUGAAGAAGAUAUUGAUCACUGCGCAGUGACUCACCUCGAUUCCCUCGUAAAUUGAAGCUUGAAGUCCUAAGUAUUCCCCUCCCCCCAUUCUUCAUCUGACCCUACGUUAUAGAGUCGAUACGUUAUACUCGAGACGAAGAGUUUUCCACGAUGUUUACAACAGAACGACUACGACUUCGCGCAUACAAGGAAUCGGACCUCGAUGAUAUAGUAGAUUCGGUGACCGAGUAUCGUGUCCAGCUGGUGACGAGCAUCGGCUACACUGUACCUCAAGGUCCCCAAUUCAAACAGGAAUUUAAAGAAUCCUUGGAGAAAGCUCUAACUACGAUUGUGAUUGAAAAGAAGGAUACCAAGGAGUUCAUAGGGUUCCUGCACAUCAUGCUUGCCGACUCGAAGAAUCAAAAUGGGGAGAUCGGUAUCAACCUGGCUUCGGCACAUUGGGAUAAAGGAUAUGGUACGGAGACGAUGAGGUUCAUUGUGGAUUAUGCUUUCAGAGGGUUGGGAUUGAGGAGGGUCUCAUUGGGGGUGUUUGGAGGGAAUGAGAGGGCGAUGAAGGUUUAUGAGAGGAUCGGUUUCGUGGUUGAAGCGACGAAGAGGAAAUGUAAUUGGGUUGAAGGUGAAUGGCGGGAUAUUAUCUUCAUGGGUAUGCUGGAGGAGGAAUGGAGAGCCAGAAAAGAGGUCGAGGGAACUAAUUGAGCUGGUAUUGGAAUAUUCUUGAACACCCCGUAGUGACUAUUGGGUGUUGUAUGUACCGGAUUGUAAGAAUGAAAUGACAUCAUAGCAUGGUU